AUGUCGGACCGUCUACCCAACCAGGAGUCAGCCAAUAGAAGCUCUGCUCCACCAGCGAUAGGGGUCAACGCAGUUGCUAGCGUUCCGGAACCGCAAGGAAUCAAUAGAUCAGCUACCAAUAACGGUGUAGCUGCGCUUUUCGACUCUCUGUUUGUCCCUACCGGCAAUACAGCCAGGCCUUUGGCGAACCGCACAGUAACGCAAGCUUCCCAAGCUCUGAGUGCUACAGCCCCGGCUGCGCUGCCUGUCAGCCCGGUUUUGCCUCAACCGGAGUGCGACUCUGCAAAGCUGAUGCAGGUGAUCCAGGAGCUGGACGCUAAGGUGCACCGCUUGGAAGCGACUAUCAAGCUUAAGCCUGUGCUGUCUGACAGUGGCAAGCUCACGGCAGACAUUGCCAACAGGCUGCAGAAACUGGAGCAAGCCAUGGAGUCUAAGUCACGCCCCGUUGACAAUGGUAAUAAAGUGGCGGCAGCAAUAGAAGCCACAAUGGCCAAGGUUACUAGUCGCCUGGAUCAGUUACUAGCAAUUGACUUUGCUGGUUUUGCUAAGCUCACUGAUGUGAAAGAACAGGUAGCAUCAACGGUUGUUUGA